UGCCAUUGCCAUCAUAUCAAACUCUGUUGUUCGGGGAAGGCUGCAGUUGCAACUUGCAGGCACCUCCUGCCUCCUAGGCUGUGAAAAAUUCGGUCACAGCAAAAGCACAUCAUCCUGUACCUCUCUUCCUCCUAACGUUCCUUCCUUGUCCUUGUCCCUGUUACUGACGCGUGUUCACCACCGUCUUCAAACCGAGCGUCGAAUACCUAAAACCCUCUCCACUUUAUAUUCACCGCCAUUGGAUUACAGCAACCCAAUACCCGCCCUCCUAUCUGCACAGUUUUGUGGUAGGUACACUCCGGCGCUGGUGGGUUUUUGCUAUCCAUUUCAACCCCCUUCUUUUCUUCCUUUUUCUUUUCUACCUUAUAUACAAGAGUGGCCGAGAGUGAGAGCUCCCAAAUGGAGCCUCAAGUGGUGAAAAAGAGAGGUCGAAAACCCAAGCCCAAAGACGAGAAAGAUCAGCAACAGCAGAGUUCUGCCAAAAUGAAAGAGGGAAAGAAGAUUCAGCAACCUUCCGUCGACGACAAGUACACUCAGUGGAAGUCUUUGGUUCCUGUUCUCUAUGACUGGUUCUCUAACCAUAAUCUCAUUUGGCCUUCUCUCUCUUGCCGGUGGGGUCCACAGCUUGAGCAAGCUACUUACAAGAAUCGCCAACGUCUCUACCUUUCCGAGCAGACUGAUGGUAGUGUUCCAAAUACUUUGGUUAUUGCAAAUUGUGAAGUUGUCAAGCCUAGAGUUGCUGCUGCAGAGCACAUAUCUCAGUUUAAUGAAGAAGCACGCUCUCCAUUUGUUAAGAAGUACAAGACCAUCAUACAUCCUGGAGAGGUGAACAGGAUCAGGGAACUUCCACAGAAUAGUAGAAUAGUGGCCACUCAUACUGACAACCCUAAUGUUCUCAUAUGGGAUGUUGAAGCACAGCCUAAUCGCCAUGCAGUUCUUGGAGCUACAAAUUCUCGUCCAGAUUUGAUUUUGACUGGACAUCAAGAUAAUGCAGAAUUUGCUCUUGCAAUGUGCCCAACUGAACCCUUUGUUCUUUCUGGAGGGAAGGACAAGUCAGUAGUUUUGUGGAGUAUCCAGGACCAUAUAACUGCAUCUGCUACUGACCCAGCUACAGGGAAGUCUCCAGCAUCUGGUGGAUCAAUCAUUAAAAAGGCUGGGGAUGGCAAUGAUAAAGCUGCUGACAGCCCUUCUGUAGGACCUCGAGGUAUCUACCAGGGACAUGAGGAUACAGUAGAAGAUGUGACAUUCUGCCCAUCCAGUGCACAGGAGUUCUGUAGUGUAGGAGAUGAUUCUUGCCUAAUACUAUGGGAUGCUCGAGUUGGCUCUAGCCCAGCAGUCAAGGUUGAGAAGGCACACAAUGCUGAUCUUCACUGUGUUGAUUGGAAUCCCCAUGAUGAUAACCUUAUUUUAACUGGGUCAGCUGAUAAUUCUGUCCGCAUGUUUGAUCGACGGAAUCUCACUUCUAAUGGAGUUGGGAUACCUGUCUAUAAGUUUGAGGGUCACAAAGCUGCUGUUCUUUGUGUACAGUGGUCUCCAGACAAGUCAUCUGUGUUUGGAAGUUCGGCAGAAGAUGGUCUCCUAAAUAUUUGGGAUUAUGAGAAGGUUGGUAAGAAGGUAGAGCGCCCGACUAGAGCCCCAAGUUCUCCUGCAGGAUUGUUUUUCCAGCAUGCUGGGCACAGGGAUAAGGUUGUCGACUUCCAUUGGAAUGUAUCUGAUCCUUGGACAAUUGUUAGUGUGUCAGAUGACUGUGAUACCACCGGUGGAGGGGGAACAUUGCAGAUAUGGCGCAUGAGUGAUUUGAUCUAUAGGCCAGAAGAUGAGGUUUUGACAGAGCUUGAGAAGUUCAAGUCACAUGUGAUUGCAUGUGCUUCAAAGCCUUGAGAGGGGUACAGAACUAUAAAAGUUGGCAGGAAUAAACUAGUCAUUGUAUGGACUUAACGUGUUUCGUUUUGCCCUGAGGUUGAUAGGAAUUGGUAGUGAUAAUGUAGGCAUGUUACUAGAUUUAUAUAUAGCUUUUCAGAGAUAAGGGCUUACAAGAUUGUUGAACCACAACCACUACAUGCUUAUGCUUGUUAUUUUGUGAUGAGAAAUCACACGGCCAAUAUACCCAAUUGGUUUUGCCA